AUGGCCAGUCACAGAAUCGGCGUCUUUCCUGCCUCGGGAGGCAUUGGCGACUUUGCGGCUGCUGCCGGAGCAACUGUCCGAAAGGCUGACUACGACACCAAUGCGGAUCUGGAGCGUCCUUUUGAAGAUAUCGACACUUUGUUCCUCAUUUCGUAUGCUUCAAUCGAAGUGGAGCACCGCGCCGAGGUCAGGUAUUUGAGUCAAUGA